AUGGUACAAAUCGACACGUUUAGCGGCUACAAGAUCUACCCGUCCAAGGGACGUCUCUUCGUUCGAGGAGACUCCAAGAUUUUCCGCUUCGCCACCUCGAAGAAUGAAUCGCUGUUCCUACAACGCAAGAACCCUCGCAAGAUUGCCUGGACACAAGUGUUCCGAAGAAUGCACAAGAAGGGUGUGACAGAAGAGGUUGCAAAGAAGCGUUCCCGAAAGACAGUCAAGCACCAGAGGGGAAUCGUUGGUGUCGGCGCCGACUUGCAGAGCAUCCUGGCAAAGCGUAACCAAACUGAGGCUGCGCGUGCAGCUGCGAGACAGCAGGCGAUUGCAAAGGCAAAGCAGGACAAGAAGGAAGCCGAGGCCAAGAAGGCGAAAUCCAAGGCUGCUGCGCGACCGGCUGGCUCGACAGCGCCCAAAAUCUCCAAGCAGCAGGCAAAGGGUGGCGCCGACAAGCGAUCUGGAGGACAGCGAGCAGCACGUUACUAG